AUGGAGGAUGAGUUUCCAUCUUUAUUUUCAUCACCCAAGGAUGAAUCCGCUUCUAGUUUCAGCAGUGACAAAGAACAGGACUAUGGUGUUCUGAAACUACAAUUUACCGGAGAGACCACCAAUGGUCAGGUAAAAACAGCUAAGCGUCGCUCUAAAGGCCUGGAGAAGCUGCUUGAGGAAGCCAGCAUAUAUACUCCUCGGUAUGAAAGCUCCUUGCCUCGUGGUUUCCUCAGGGAUAGACAUAAAAAGAGCACUGAAUCAAAAGAUCCAAGUUAUGCAAAAACAGGUGAUGAACCUGUUGCGAAGAAAUCAAGGGCUAAGCUGACAACUAUGAAAAAGCAAUUGCAUACGAAAAAGAGAGCUGGCAUCACUAUACGAAAUGUCAUACCUAAGACAACACGCCCUUUGCCGGAGGAUCAUAGAGGACAAGUUGAAAAGGAUGAUCCCUCGUCAAAUCAAUCACACGCAUUUGAGAACAGUUUGAAGCCUACAAAAUUCUACUUCGUUGAAUGUGAAGGACCUCCUCUGAAGCUGCGAUAUGACCUAUUUGAUGUACCAUUUCUACAAACUCAUGCAAAAUUUCAAGGUAGUCCAACACCAUCUACGAUUUUAACUGCAAAGAGCAGCCAGAGAAACGUUAAUUCAUAUACGAUUAUGCUCAAAUCAGUCUUGUUCCUUGAUUAUGAGGAGGAAUAUCACGUUGACAGUGGCAGCAGCUCCAUGAAAUUUGACUCAAUGAGCGAGAUAGGGAAAAUCAUAGAGUAUACAGCCAUAAUUUAUGUGCCAAAGCCCUAUUCUAAUCUUAUUCUGGAAAAUAUUUUGCCGCACCUGUACGAAGCGUUCAACACCUCUAAUUGUAAACUUUUCAUUGAGAAAGUUCAAGAUUAUAACGAAUUUAUACAGACAAUACCGAGAGAAGAAAUACUAGAGCACCUCACUCAAGCACGUUUCAUUCCUAGAUGUUUCAUUCAUGAUCUAUUACACAUUGUGUACUCGAGAAGCAUAUUACCAAGUUUUAGAAAAUUGAAAGAAUAUGAGGCAUUCAGUAGCUACGUUUAUGGCGAAUUAUUACCCAGUUUCCUAUCCGAUGUUUACUCCAAAUGUGAGUUGGAACCAAACCAUGUAUUCAUGGAUCUGGGUUCUGGUGUAGGAAAUUGUGUAGUCCAAGCAGCCCUCGAGUAUGGAUGUAAAUUGAGCUUUGGAUGUGAAAUAAUGCCGAAUGCAAGUGAACUUACUGAGGAACAGCACAAAGAACUGGCGGAACGUUGUAAACUAUUUGGAUUGAAAUUGCAUCCAGUUGAAUUUUCCUUGAGGCAGAGUUUUGUAGAUAAUAGUCGGGUCGACGCGUUAAUUCCCCAAUGUGAUGUUCUAUUAAUCAAUAAUUUUCUCUUCGAUGCUAAGCUGAACAAAAAAGUUGAAGAAGUCAUAAAAAGUCUUAAAACGGGCACUAAGAUUAUAUCAUUAAAAAACCUACGAGGCCAGGGGUACGCUAUCAAUUUUUUCAAUUUGGAUAGUAUUUUAAAUAGACUAAAAGUUGAGAGAUUUGAUUUGAAGCAAGGUAGUGUCUCCUGGACUCAUAACGGUGGAGAAUAUUACAUAUCAACAGUCUUGCCAGACGUUGAUGAAUCACUUUUCGAUCCUAGUGAAGGGAAAAGAAAUACAAGGCGCCCACAGCGAUAUACGCGCUAA